CGACUUCUUUUCUCUGUGUGAAAACAUUUUUCUAAUGACCAAUUCUGAAUAUAAAAAGAGUGAAAAAAUGGCAUUUUUGAGGUCCAUUGUGACUGCAAAAACAACCGCCAUUGCUACUGCUAUUCCAGUUGCUGCUUUUGCUGUUUCUUCUAUUUCUUCUUCUUCUUCGCAGUUUGAACGUCCAUUGAAAAAUCUAAAAUUUGGCUCAAUUUCUAGUUCGAAUCCGAUUCUCCAAUUAAGCUUCGCGAAGAAUCUACAAAAAACAAGUCCUCCUUCAGCUCUUCAUAUGGAAACGCCUUCUUCCAAUCACCAAACUUCCUCCGAUAAUGGAGUCGUUUUUCCUGAAUUGCUGACAGAGUUUAUGGUGGACAUGUCGUGUCAAGGCUGUGUUAAUGCUGUUAAGAGCAAAUUGCAAACCGUAGAAGGAGUUAAGAAUGUGGAUGUGGACCUUGAUAAUCAAGUAGUGAGAAUUCUUGGAUCUUCACCUGUGAAGACUAUGACUGAAGCCUUGGAGCAAACAGGUCGAAAAGCCCGUCUGAUUGGACAAGGAGUACCGGAUGAUUUCCUUGUAUCUGCUGCUGUUGCCGAAUUCAAAGGACCAGAUAUUUUUGGUGUUGUUCGCUUGGCUCAAGUCAAUAUGGAAUUAACUAGGAUUGAAGCAAACUUCAGUGGCCUGUCACCUGGAAAGCAUGCUUGGUCUAUUAAUGAAUUUGGUGAUUUGACGAGGGGGGCAGCUAGUACUGGAAAAUUGUACAGCCCACCACUCGGUGACCUGGUUACACUGGAAGUUGAUGAGAAAGGCGAGGCAUUUUAUACCGGUCCUAAGGAGAGGCUAAGAGUUGCCGACCUGAUUGGGAGAGCUAUAGCUGUAUAUGCAACUGAAGAUAAAACAGAUCCAGGACUUACAGCAGCAGUGAUAGCUAGAAGUGCAGGAGUUGGUGAGAACUACAAGAAAAUUUGUGCUUGUGAUGGUACAACUAUUUGGGAAGCAACCAGCAAACUCUGAACAGUUAUCUUUAGAAUCAUUUGAUCAUUGUAUACUACGUCUGUAUCAUUUUCACAAUCAUGAAGCUUUUAAGUUGGAUGGAGCAAGCUAAUGUAUCAAAAUAAAUGUAAUCAUUUGUUGCUCUUGUUUCGUUGGUUCCUAUUAACGAUCCGCUGCUCUUUAUUUCAAUGAGAAAUGCUAGUGAAUUAAACUUCAAA